UUAUUACUGACAUUUUCAUUAAAGUAUUGCAUUACUAACACUCACAAUGAACAUUUAAAGCAAUACAAUAUCAAAUAUAAGGACAAACUGGAAGAAAAAAAUGAAACUGGAAACAUCUAUGGGUGGCAACAUAUGAGUGAUACACAGUAUAAUGAUAAGUUAAUGUACAGUCACUUGAAAUCACAUUAUCAGGAGAGGGCAGUUUGAUCCAGAUUAAAAUUCAUUAUUACAGCAGACAAGAAGACAACAAAAAGAAGGGAACGCAACUUGAUGACAGGUAGAUAGAUAGAUAGAUAGAUAGAUAGAUAGAUAGAUAGAUAGAUAGAUAGAUAGAUAGAUAGAUAGAUCCUUUAACUUGUGCCAGCGUAAUAGACAGAUGCGCCUGUCAGUGAUUAAAAAGCAAUCUGGAUCCAUUGCAGUAUUAUGAAGAUCCAGAAACACUGUUUUCUAAUGUAAAUAAGCCAUUAUUUACAUUAUAAAUACAUAUAUACAUAUAAAUACACGAUUCUGUGCUCAUUCCGUUCUUCGUUGUAUUUCUUGCCUCUGGUCUCCUUAUCUUCAUUCUCAUUACAAAGAUUUUUAUUUCAGCGCUCCACUGUCUGCACACUGAGGCAGACGAAAGAUCUCCCCGUCCAAUCGACAGGACGCGGCUGCUGCAUCGACGGCUCUCAUUGGUCUAGAGCGAUGUCAGUUAUGGCGCUUGUCACGAUCGGACCAAUCAGCAGCGCCGACUGCCGCCGUUCACCCCGCGCCGUGCGCUGACGUGCGCGUCAUGUGAUGUUUUCGCUGGUCUGUAGUGAUGUGUAGACACCAUGAGUGAAGCGGGGAAAUAAAGCUUUAUAAUGGCAGCGAGCGAUGAUGGAGGCUCUGCGAAGACGCACCGUUUUGUCGCGCUUGUCGUGCUGAAUAAUCCCCGGGACGAUACAUCGGAAGACAGCGCUGAUUACUUGAAGCAGUGAUUCUAUCGGAGCUACAAACCUGCAGCCAAAAAAAUGGGCCGUGCAUCGGCGUAAAGUGGAGGUGAAGUGACCUUUCUGCGCGUUGUCCUAUGGAAGAUCGGCCACAAUUACCGAAUCACGGCGUUAUGUUGACACUGGAGGCGCAACCGCGUCGCGCUGUCACGAAAUCGGCCGCGACCCACGGCGACAUCUCUUGUGCUGCCGGGGAGCCUACGUCCUCCGCCGCCUCCUCCUCCUCCUCCACCACCUCAAUCAAUAACAGCGGCUCUUGUUUGACCAUGCACUUAACGACCUCCUCUCACUCACAGCCACAGAGAAGAUACAAUCCGCCUUACCACUUUAAAGUGCAUCAUCUUUUCCCGGAUGAAAGCCCUCAGGAGGCUGUUUUGAUGAAGAACCUGCCACCUCUCCAGUAUAAAGUGCACGACUCUGCCUUCUGUCGCGUCUUGAGCGCUGACACCACUGCUGCUGCCCUGGCUGCUGCUGCCGUUUGCUCUGGUGGUGUGGAAAGGGACAUCUGGAAGUGUGGCUAUCUGAGAAAACAGAAACACGGCCACAAGAGGUUCUUUGUCCUGAGGGGCCCCAGCAACCUGGGGCCCAGUCGGUUGGAGUAUUACGACAGUGAAAAGAAAUUCAAAAAUGCCCUCAAAGCUGCUGCUGCCUCCGGUGUUGCAUGCCUUGCAAAGAGGGUGAUUUAUCUGUCCCAGUGUUUUACUGUAAACAAGAGGGCUGAUGCUAAGAACAAAUACCUCAUUGCCCUUUAUACUAAAGAUGAGUAUUUCGCCGUGGUGGCGGAGAAUGAGCAGGAACAAGAGGAUUGGUAUUUGGCCCUCACCGAACUGAUGACGGAGGGCAAAAAGGGGCAGCUUGAGACCGAUGAACUUGAUGAUGGUUACGGGACGAUUUCGCCAGGUACUAUUUUCAAGGAGGUCUGGCAGGUGAACGUCAAACCCAAAGGGUUGGGUCAGACCAAGAAUUUAAUGGGGGUGUACCGUCUGUGCCUUUCCGCCAAGACUAUUCACCUGGUGAAGCUUAACUCGGAGACGCCCGCUGUGAACUUGCCGUUAAUGAACAUCCGCCGCUGCGGCCACUCUGAGAGCUUCUUCUUUAUUGAGGUGGGCCGCUCCUCUUCCAUUGGCCCUGGUGAAAUCUGGGUGCAAGUCGAGGACUCUGUGGUGGCACAGAAUAUGCAUGAGACAAUUCUGGACACUAUGAAGGCCUUAAAGGCCUUUCCUGACUUUAGACCGCAAAGCAAGAGCCAGUCCUCCGGGUCAAACCCCAUCCCAUUCAUCACCACUCGCCGGCAUCUCGGCAACCUUCCCCCCAGCCAGACCGGGUUGCAGCGCCCCUCCAGGACAGAUUCGGUGACGGGCACACCACCAACAGGGAAGAGUAAAGGAGGGAGGGGCCAGCGCUAUCGGACAUCCAGUGAGGGCGAAGGCAACCAGGACCGGCCCCUCAGCUCUGGGACGGGCAGCCUGGUGCACCUGAACACACCCGUUCUCAGUGUGGGCCGUGAAGAGACAGGCAGUUGUUGUGCCCACAUUUCUCCUGGUUCGACCCACCACACCCGAUCUGCUUCACUUCCUGUAUCUCACUUCCUGUCUGCCACCAGCCCUAUCAGUGUGUCCAGCAGCAGCGGGCACGGCUCGGCCUCUGACACGCACACUCGUCCAUCUAGCUCAUCCAUUUGUGGCUCUCCUAGCGAUGGCGGCUUCAACUCGUCCGAUGAGUUUUGUCCUAGCCCAUGUGACUUCAGGUACUUUCAUGCAAGCUGCACCACCCCUGAAUCCCAUGGCAACACCCCACCCAUUAGGGAGGAUUACCGGCUGACGGAGUACUUGGCCAUGGAUUGGCAUAAAGACGGGGCUAGGACCUUUGAGGAGGAGAGCAGUUACAUGGAAAGGACUUUCCUCAAGCUAGCACAUUCCUCCAAGCCAAAGCUGGGUGGUGGUUUGGGCGGUAUGCAGCAGAAAUCCACGCAAACCUCUUUGUCUUUAGAUGAAUCAAGCCCAGUGGAGUCCAAACGGCACCAAGUUUGCUCGUGUCUGCUGAAGUCAGCUUAUAAAUCUUACUCAGAGUUACAUCACCCAAACAAACCACCCUUGCUUAGCUCCGAGUGUCAAAAGAAACUGCCAAAAGAUGAUGGCUAUAUGCCUAUGAUGUACAGCAAUGCAGAUUACAUCCCUAUGCAACCCAGAGCAAACCACCCUGCCACCUUGGACAUACAACUGUGCUCCUCGCAGCAAGCAGACCGAUACGGCUACAUGAUGAUGCUCCCGGGUGACAGUCCAUCCUGUAAGGAUCAGGUUGAGUAUGAUGACUACAUGGACAUGUCACAAAUCACUGAGGCUGAAGGCUUUUCCCAGGCCUCACCCGAAGGCUCGAAAUCCCAUGGCUCCUACUUCUCUCUUCCGCGGUCUUACAAAGCCCCGUCACGAGAGAAAUGCGACAAGACGGAAUACAUUCCCAUGUCCCCUGCUGAGACCCCCAGCCCGCCCAGUCUGGGUGAGUACAUCCACAUGGAUUUUGGGGACCAGCCCACUCACGCCACUAUUUCGCCAUCCUCUGUAAACUCCCCCUCCCCCUCUACCCCGCCCCCAUCCCAGCCCUGCUAUCAGCUGGGCUGCUCCUCACCCGAUCACGACUACUUGGGCCUGAACAUGGACAGCCUUCAUAAAGACCGCCCUCCUCGACACUCGCUUGUUGCUCCGUGGAACCCCCCAAACUAUGCUCGGCCCUUAGGAUGCUCUUACGGCCAGGCUUCGACUAAUUUCAAUCCAGAGAAGAUGCAUGGUGGAUGUGGUGAUGCUAGCAGUCCUUUACGAAUGAUGCAGCAUCUUUGUAUCUCCGAACGACUUCCGCUCAGCCAAACAGAGCCCAAGGUAAUCAGAGCGGACCCGCAGGGCAGGAGACGACACAGUUCAGAGACUUUCAUCCCCUCGCCUGGUUCCUCUGCUAAUGGUUGCAUCAUCAGGCCCUCGGCCUACCAGAAUCCCUCCGAAGCUAGCAAGUGGCAGAACUCCGCCUCCUUUGAUAGUGUGUGGUCGCGCUCAGAGGCAUCUGCUGAUGCAGAAAACUCUGCAAUAGGAGGAAUGUGCCAGAACACCUCAUCCAGCUACCUCAACUACAUCGCCCUGGACCUGAGAGAAAUGCCCAGGGUCACACGCGACACCCCGCCUCCACACCAAGUUCAUAGUAACCUCCAAGAAAGUGAAGCCUAUGCUGGUAUAGACUUCUCCGCGUCGGGAGGACAUUCCACUGCCUCAAAAGAUUGAGUCAUAUGCCGAUGCCCGAGGGGAACUCUGGAACGCCAAAUCGGAAGCUGCCGCCUCCUCAGACCUCCGACAACCAAUACUGAGAAACUGCACAACCUCUUAUGCUCUGUAUUUCCCACAAAACUGCCUCAACAACUGGUUUCAUUGGUCUGUUUUUGAAGGAACAAUAAUGUUUUCUGGUCUUGUUUACAAGAUUGGGUUCGCUUCAUCAGAACUGUGAGCUCCAAACGUCUAGCACUUAUAUUUUUGUGUAAAUGGUAUUAAAUCGCAUCAUAGCUCUUACAUUACAGGUUUGCGUUUCUCCACGCAAAAUGGUAUAGAUCUGUGUAGAUAGGAGGAGCUUGUAUAUUGAAUAUCAUUUUGUAUUAUGAGCCGGGUACUUAGCGCUACCUUCCUGUAACCCCCGCCACUCCCCAAGAUACUCGCCAAACGUAACACUUGAUUUUUAUUUAUAUAAAGUCAAUUAAUAUUUUUUCAGGGAGCAAUGAGUUGCCUACACAUACAGUGCAUAUACUGUAAAAGGGUUUUGUUUUACCACACAAACCACUUUGUGAAACCACUUCUGUUUUUGUUUUUUUGUUUUUUUUCUUUUGUACAGUGUAAUCAAAAUCAUCUCAAUCAGUGUUUUCGUUGCAUGAAAACAUCUUCCUACGAGAGUGUCUGCAUGGCAAGCCCAUCAAUCGUGCAGGAUGUGAAUGAUAUACAGUAUAUCUCAAGUUCAAUUUUCACUUGUUAACAUGCUAAUUAUUAAUAUCAGUAAUUAUGUUUGCACUAGUGCAAACAUUAAUUCUUAAUAUCAAAUAUGACGCCAUUACUUGCGGAAAUACACAUUCUUGACAUCAAAAAUGGAAUUUCAACUUGCAAAAGCCAUCAUUUUUUAUAUCUAUAAUUGCAUUUUCACCAGUAUAUCAGCAGUUAAGUUUGCACUAGUAAAAAGUUAAUUCUUGAUUUAAAAAAUAACAGAAUUACUCAUGGAAUUACCCAUUCUUGAUGUCAAAAAAAUCAUCUAGCAAGCGUAAUAAUUUUUUAUAUGCAGCUGCAUUUUUGUGAAUUACAACUGGUGAAAAUGGUCAUUUUUGAUAUCUGUAAAUGUAUUUCAGCAUGUUAGAUUUGGUAUUUCAGAUAAGAAUCAAUUGAAGAGUAAUUAAAGAUCUCUUAAAUUACUUUCUUACUAGUUACAAUAACAUUAUAGAGAUCUGAAAUUAAAAUUGCCACUAGUGAAACCCAAAUUAGCAAUAUCUAAAAUGAACAUUUGUACUACUUGUACUGUAAUUCAAUUGUUGAUAUCGGGAAUAGAUAUUUGUACUAGUAACAAUGUAAUUUAUCAUUGGGAAAUCAGUAAAAUUAUCAUUUUUACUGGUAAAAAUGCAUUACUGAUUUGUGAAGUUGGAAUUAUAACUGAAGUUUAAAAUAUAAUUGUAAUUGUGUUUUGAUAUAAAAAAUGGGUAUUCCCACGAGUAACGGCAUCAUUUGUUUAUAUAAAGAAUUAACGUUUUUACAAGUGCACACUUAAUUACUGAUAUCAAAAUACAGCAUUUUAUCUAGUAAAAACUGAAUUGUAGAUAUCUGUAAUUCAUAUCCUGCAUGUGAUUAAAUGUCAAAAGGGAUUGCGAUUGUGUCUGUGAAUGUGAAUUAUGUAACAUUGGACAAAUAAAAAAAAAAGGAAUAUGAGCAUUUUGACCAACGCAAAGCUUCGAAACAAGUAUAGACACUUUUCUAAGAGCACUUUUUAGAUGACAGUGUUUUUAUGUUACCUGGAUGCUAUCUGCUGUUGUUGCCAUUGGGAAACAACUCUCAAAAUCAGUUCAACCUCGUCUGUAUUAGCGAGUUGUCAAGUAUUAUCGACUUUGAAGUCAGUUGAGAUGCAAAGUACUAUUAUUUCUAUGACCAUAGACUCUUAUGGUUCAUUUCAAAUGCAAUGCUGCAUUGUUUACAUAGCUUCUGAAAAUGUUAGGCCUUGAUGUAGCCAUUGGACUAAAGAAAAGAUACAGUAUGUUUACUUCUUGAGGUCGCGUACUUGCAUUUCACGACUAGUCUUACAAACUGCCACAUUACACCAGGACGCUGGUACAAAUGUACAAAUCCUGUUACUCUGCAUUCCCUACAUGGUACAUCCUGUUUGUUUGUUGUUUAUUUAUUAAUUGUGUUUAUUUAUUGAAUCCAAUGCAUUGACGUUCACUGUUAACGGGACAGUUUGUAUAGUGCAUCGCUGGUGAUCGCAAUUGUACGAAAAUAGUACUCACUGAGAAGGGGAUUUCAGUGUAUAUAUAACGUCAAAACACCUGUUUUCCCUCAUCUCUUGGGCCUUUUUAUUACCAAGAGUUAUUAGUCCUUUUGUGCUUGUACCUGAAAGCUUUAUAUGAAGAGAUGUUGGGUUGAGGUUGUGGUUGAAAGCUGUGUAGUACGAUGUGUAAGCUUUACAGUAGUAGUCCAGAUGAUGUUGGGACGACGCAGUACGUCAGUGACUUUUCCUCCAUUCGUUUCGGCAGCGGCCCACCUGCGGCUGCUUCUCUUUAUUUGACUAGCUUUUGUGUCAUGCUAUUGUGUCAUGAUAUUGCGUUGCUUUAAUGUAAGUAAAAUGUGAAAUGGAGAAAAUAAAACACGUAGUAAACCGUUUCUUGGGACUUUUUCUACACAAUAACUACCGUGACAGCCUGGAAAAGUAAUCAAGCUUGUGUUUGUUUGUACUAGGGGCUCCACUGAGGUUAUAGUUUGGGGAUACUGGUAUUUUUUGGGAUUGUGCCGAAUUGUUUGCCUUUUUUCAAUGACUGAAAGGAAGCGUUGGACAAAAAAAAAAGAAAACCAAUAGAAAUGGACGGAAUCUGUGUUGACGAUUCACAGUUCAUUUGGUCAGUUCUCACUUUAGCUGAAAGUUUGUGAUUGGGCUGAAACAUGUUGGUAAUAUCGACUGAAGCAGACCAUUAUCAGCGCCGUCUUCCUUUGUAAAUAUUGUAAUUUUUGAUAUUCCUUCUAUUGUCUAACAUGUUACACGGCACCUCCUUUGGUUGUAUUUAAAGAUGGUAAUUUUUUUAUUAUUUAUUUAUUUUUGGUCAGUUCUACAUUUUUAUAUUUUAUUUUUGGUGUAUAUUUAUCAGAAGGUUUUUGCUUGUAAUAGAGCUAUUGCAAUAAAAAAGUGCCAAGGUAUCCCUGA